GGGUUAGGGUUAGGGUUUCUAACAGACUUGCAGACAGAAAACUGCAUCUCUGGGCAAUUUUCUUCUCCAUGUUUUAGCUGGUUGUUACAUUUAAAAGGAUGAAAUCAAAGGUUGUACCACCAGGUGUUAGUCAGGACAUGCACUCCUCUGGACUUUGAUCUGUGAACAUGUGCUUUAGCCAGUUUCUCGAUGGGGAGCAUUCCAGUAGCUUCUCUCCUUUUGGGUGUGGGUGUGUUACUCCUGACUGGUCCCAGCAUCCAGGCUGGAAAGAUUCUGGUGUUUCCAGUUGACGGUAGCCACUGGGUCAACAUGAACCUCCUGAUCCAGAAUCUGCACACCAAGGGCCACGAGGUCACGGUGGUCCGCACUGCCACCAGCUGGUACGUGAAGGAGAGCGCACCACAUUACCGCUCCAUCACCGUCACUCUGCCACAAGCUAUUGACAUAGAGGAGCAGGACUUCUUCGUAACUUUUCUCAUCAAGAUGCUGGAGAUCAAGAGGGAGGGCGGGUCCGUUAUGGCUUUCAUGAAGUUCUACUGGGAGAUGCUCACCACGCUGUCAAACAUUCACCAACAGGCCAGCUUGUUGGUGGUGGAAAUAUUUGAGAAUAAGACUCUGUUGAAGAGUAUUCGAGACACUCAGUUUGACGUGGUUCUUCUGGACCCAGGGCUGCCCGUCGGAGUUCUGGUGGCUCAUGAACUCAAGCUGCCAACGGUUUUUAACGUCAGAUGGAUCACCAGUGGAGAAGGCCAUUUUGUGGUGGCGCCGUCUCCAACGUCAUAUGUUCCAACUUCUGGAUACGCCGCGACUGACAGGAUGACGUUUUGGGAAAGAACCAAAAACUUUUUAUUUUACUUCCUCAACACGUGCAUCGACAAGCUGAUCGUGUGCCCUCACUACGACCGGCUGGUAGACAGGUACUUUGGUCCAGAUGUGAAGUUCUACCACAUGCUUCAAGGAGCAGACAUCUGGCUCAUGAGAGUGGACUUUGUUUUCGAAUUUCCUCGACCGACCAUGCCCAACAUCGCCUACAUUGGUGGAUUUCAGUGUAAGCCCUCCAAUCCUUUGUCAUCAGAGCUGGAGGAGUUUGUUCAAAGUUCAGGAGAGCACGGCUUCAUCCUGAUGUCUCUCGGGACGCUGGUUAAAGGCCUUCCCAUGGAAAUCACCUCAGAAAUAGCUGCUGCUUUCGCCCAGCUUCCUCAGAAGGUCAUUUGGAGGCAUGCUGGUGAACCUCCCAGCAAUCUGGGCAACAACACCCUGCUGAUGAAAUGGCUGCCACAGAAUGACCUGUUGGGUCACCCAAAAAUUAAAGCCUUUGUGGCCCAUGGAGGCACUAACGGGGUCUACGAGACCAUCUACCAUGCCGUACCAGUUAUAGGUAUUCCUCUUCUGUUUGACCAGUUUGAGAACGUUUUGAGACUUGAAGCAAGAGGGGCUGCGAGGGUGGUGGAUGCAGCAAAACUCAGCCGUCACAGCUUUCUGGAAGCACUGCAAGAUGUUCUUAAUAAUCCAUCCUACAGGGAUAACAUGAGGCGUCUGUCCUCUCUCCAUCGGGACCAGCCCAUGCAUCCUCUGGAUGCUGCAGUGUACUGGAUUGAGUUUGUCAUGCGGCAUAAAGGUGCUGCACAUUUACGUACAGAGUCGUAUAAGAUGCCGUGGUAUUCCUAUUAUUCUGUGGAUGUUAUAUGCUUUUUGCUGACAGUUGUGUUGGUAAUAACAGCUGCUUUGGCAGGAUCCAUAAGAUUCCUAUGCCUUCGACUUUUCAGGAGGAGAAAAUCAAAGCAGGAGUAACUUUAGCUUACUUUAGCUUACUUUUAGACAACGUUUGAAUUAAGGAGCAGUCAGUAAGUACAUAAAUGCACUGUUUUACCUUCCUGGAUGGAGGUUUAACAUAAAGUGGACUAUUUUGGUUUCAGGAGGUUUGCAGUUCUCAGUAUUUCUUGUUCUUAUUUUUAGUGAAUAUUUUAUGUCUUUAAAGUAGCAUAACAGGUUUUUAGCAGAUUUCCAUACUUGGGCACCCCCUGACAAAAGGUAGCAUUCUUCUUGCAUCCAGUCUCUUCUCUGAGCUCCCAACAGCCAGUAAAAGUCGGUCUGAUGUUGACUCUUGUCUUCUCCCCUUCUCUGUCACUUUCUUUGUCUUUUAAUGAAAGUCUGUGUGCCAUCAAAAUGAGCCAGAAGCUAGGAAACUAGCAUGAAGCAUGUUGUUGCUUUAACAAAGAUUAACAUUCUUUGUCUGAUGAUUGAAAGAAAGCAGUUUUUUCAGUGUUUACUUCACUGUAAAUACAGUCAUAACUGAAGGGUUUCUCUCCUCUUUACUCUCAAAAACUGUUCGUUUCUUCAGAGAGCAGUAAAUAUUUGAGUGUUUGAAGAAGGAAGUAAGCUCUCAAAUUGAAAAACAAUGCUGCUGAUUAAAGACAGUAAAAUACUUAAACUCAGCAUGAACUUUGUGGUAAAAACAUGAAUUCUGUUUUGUUGUGCCUCAGAGCUUUCAAAAACACACAUAAACCAGACUCAACGUGAGGUUCAAACAUGAUCAUAAACUCACUGGUUUAUUUGAACUUUAUUCUACAUCCUGAUGCUUGUAAAUAUAUUGCAGUUAAAACUUUGCAUUAACCCAAACUUGAAAAUAUUCCACAAUAAAAACACUUUUUUACUCCUUUUU